UCUGGACAGCGCUGCUGGCAAGCGGGGUUUGCCACAGUUCGGCGAGCCCUGCUCAUUUGCAUAUUUUUCCUGAGAAAACUUGUAGUGUAGACGUAGCCAAACAGUUUAACUCUUAGGCCAUGUCUCUCCUUAUGUGGAAGUUCAAAUUCCAAUACAUAACUCCAGCUAUGUAAUUGACAUAACUUAAUUUGAACUUCCCUGCCAUCUUCACAGCCAGAGCUUGAUACUUCAAUUGACUUUUCUUAUUCCUCACAAUUUGAGGAGUGCCAGUGUCACUGGGGUGCCUUCAGCAUUUGAUUUAGAAGGUCUUUACUAGACUCGCCUAAUUGAACAUGGGAAGACAGACCAGCACAGCAUGAACCUCUGACUGUGUGGGAUCCUAACAAACCGCUCUGGGCCAUUUGCUGAGUGUCACUGGCACGAGAGCCCAACCCCCUACUACGACUCCUGUGUCUACGACCUCUGCCAGUAUGGCCAGGGCAAUCGCAUGCUGUGUGCAGCUGUCGAGUCGUAUGAUGAGAUGUGUGCCUUUCACGGCGUGAAAGUAGGAAAGUGGAGACCAGGACUGGACUGUGGGGUCACUUGUCCAGCCAACUCCUAUUUUGACUUGUGCGGCCUUCCCUGCCAUGCUUCUUGUGCCAGCCUUAAUUCAACCAUUCCAUGCACAAAGCCCUGCGUGGCGGGAUGCUUCUGCCGGGAAGGGUAUGUUCUGGAUGUGGAACGCUGCGUGCCUGUGAGUCAGUGCGGCUGCACGCUGGAGGGUCGGUAUCACCAGCUGGGAGAGGAGGUGAUCUUGACAGACACCUGCAGCAGGAAAUGCAGCUGCCGCCAGCCAGCCCAGCCCAUGGACUGCCAGGAUCAUGCCUGCGGGGCUCUGGAGACGUGCAGAGUUGUGGAUGGCGUCCGAGGCUGCUACCCUGUGAAAUUUGGUGACUUAUGGGUGUUUGGUCACCCCCACUAUCACAUUUUUGAUGGACUUACUUUUGACUUUGAAGGAACCUGCAAAUACACCCUGAGCAAGUACUGUGGCCCCCCUGGGAAUCUCCCCGAUUUCACUGUCAAGGUGGAGAAUGAGCACAGGGGUGCCAUCACAGCAUCCUGGACACGCCUGGUGGAGCUGGAUGUCUACGGGCAGCAUAUUGCUGCAGCAGCCAGAGAGCACGGCCAAGUGCAGGUGAAUGGAUCGCUGGUCAAUCUGCCCCUUGUCCUAGCAUCAGGUAAACUCUAUGCCUAUUACACCGGUUCAUCUGUUGUGGUCCAGACAGAAUUUGGCCUCUCUGUAUCCUAUGACUGGUCCCACUACGUGACUAUCACUAUACCUGAGACUUACUCUGGGCUGCUCUGUGGGCUUGGUGGAGACUUCAAUGGAAACCAAAGUGAUGAUUUCAGGAUGCCCAAUGGAUCUGUGGCUCCCAACCUUGUCUCUUUUGUGACUAGCUGGAAGGAUGUCAAUUCCCCUUUCCAUUGCACAGCUGUUGGUCCGCAAGCAGAAUGCAACAAAGGAACUAUACACAAGUACAGAGAUCAGAGCUACUGUGGGAUCCUCACAGACAUGGAAGGACCUUUCAAACAUUGUAGCAACCUUACUAGUGCUCCGAUGUCCCUGGAGAGCUGUGUACAUGAUCUCUGUGUCACCAAAGGGAGCCACAAAACGCUGUGCAAUACACUUCGGAGUUAUGCUGUGCAUUGCCAAAGUCACAGCAUCACCAUACUGCCAUGGAGACAGCUGGCUGGGUGUGAGUUAAUCUGCCCCCCCAACAGCCACUAUGAGCUCUGUGGACCUUCCUGCCCGGCCUCUUGUGCCCACCCAGCUGUGCCCUCCCGCUGCCGGACUGCAUGCCAAGAAGGGUGCCAGUGUGACCCUGGCUUUGUGCUGAGUGGCACUGACUGCGUGCCUCGGGAGCAGUGCGGCUGCACCCACAAUGGCAGAUAUCACCUGGCGGGGGAAAGCUUCUGGGAAGGAGAAAAUUGCCAGAGAUUGUGCAGGUGCAAUGGCUCCUCCCACGCUGUCCAGUGCUCCAGCGCUGCCUGUGCUCCCGGGGAAUCCUGUGGCACUCGCCGGGGGGUUUAUGGCUGCCACGAGAGAACCAACGGCAUCUGCUGGGCGUCUGGGCUGCCCCACUACACUACGUUUGACGGCAAGCGCUACGACUUCCAGGGCACCUGCAGAUAUGUCUUUGCUGAACUGUGUGCGGCAUCAAAGUCCUUGCCCUUCUUCAGAGUGGAAGUGAAGAAUGAAAACCUGCCCCAUGUCCCUGUGGCUGUGACGUCGGAGGUGUUUGUCCUUGUGAGCGGAGUUGAGAUCCACCUGCAGAGGGGUCAGCAUGGGACAGUCCAGGUUGAUGGGGUCACUGAGACCCUCCCAGUGAGUGUCAAAGCAGGAGAAAUCCUCAUUUAUCAGGCUGGGUUUCAUACGGUUGUGCAAGCUGACUCUGGAUUGAGUGUGAGCUACGACCUGGCCCACAGCCUCUUUGUCAGCCUGCCCCCAGAGUACCGAGGCCAGACCUGCGGCCUGUGUGGGAACUUCAAUGGGGCCGCUCAGGACGACUUUGUGACCCAUAACGGCUCCCUAGGGAAGGACGCCUUCCACUUUGCUGCAGACUGGAAGUCGGAGGCUGUCCCUGGCUGUGACGAUGGCUGCCGCGAUUCCUGCCCUGUGUGUGAAGAUGAGGAGAGUCUGGUGCAGUCCAAGUCCCAGUGCUGGGUGAUCCAGGAUCCUGACGGGCCGUUCUCCUCCUGCCACUCCCAGGUUGAGCCAGGCCCCUAUCUGUCUGAUUGCAUCUUUGACCUGUGUGUGUCAGGAGGGGCUGGCAGUGCCCUGUGCGAGUCCAUUCAGACAUACGCAGCCGCCUGCCAGAGAGCCAACAUCACCAUCUCCCCUUGGAGGAGCGAGGCUUUUUGUGCCCCUCAGUGCCCCACCCACAGUCACUAUGAGCUGUGUGAGACUCACUUUCAGGACCUGUGUGCUGGAUCCUGGCUGCAGAAGUAUCACAGGCUCACAUGCUCUGAAGGUUGUUUCUGCAAUGAUGGGUACCUGCGGAGUGGGGAGCAGUGUGUCCCGCCAGAGCAAUGUGGCUGUGAGCACGACGGACACUACUAUGGGAUUGGAGACCAUGUCUGGUUCUCUGGUUGUACCCAGAGAUGUAGCUGCAACUCCCGAGACCAUUUCCGGUGUUUCCGAGCUCAGUGCUACCCAGGCCAGCAGUGUGCUGUGAAGAACGGCAAGCGAGCCUGCCAGAGUCUCUUGACCACUUGUGUGGUAACAGGGGACCCUCACUACUUUACAUUUGAUGGGACUGUGGCUCAUUUCCAAGGCAUAUGUGACUACGAAAUCUCCCGCACCUGCAACUCCUCCUUGGACUUGUCUUUUCGUGUGGUGGCAGCAAACAGGCAUUUCCGCAAUCCCCGAGUGUCUUUUGUUUACCGAGUGGAAAUUUGGCUUAGCACUGGCAAUUUUAAUUCUCACAUUGUCCUAGAGAGAGGCAAAGCUGUCCAUGUUAAUGGGCUGCGGACUCGCUUACCAGCACAUCUGGGAUCUGUUGCUAAGGUCCUGAGACUGAAGAACAUGCUAACAGUGAGAGCACAGGCCAAUGUGGAGAUUCAAUUUAAUGGUGCCAGUAGUUUGUUUGUCCGUGUGGGCCCGGAGUAUCAGAAGCAGCUAUGCGGGAUGUGUGGGAAUUUCAAUGGCAAUCCCAUGGAUGAUAAGGUCCUGCCCAGCGGGGAGAGAGCCCAGAAUGACACACAGUUUGGGAACAAGUGGAUUUCCGACACCAGCCCUCCUGGGUGUACUAACGAUACCAGCAACCUCGUGCCUUGUCCAAAAUUACACAUAUACCAGCAACUGUGUGGAGUCCUAGUGAACCACACGGGACCUUUCUCUGAGUGUCACUGGCACGAGAGCCCAGAUCCUUACUACGAGUCCUGUAUCUAUGACCUUUGUCAGUAUGGCCUGGGCAAUCGCAUGCUGUGCACAGCAAUCGAGUCGUACGAUGAAAUGUGCACCAUUGUCGGUGUGAAACUGGUGAACUGGAGACCGAUGAUGGGAUGCAGUUUCACCUGCCCAGCCAAGAAUUACUUUGACUUCUGUGGCCCUGCCUGCCCUGCCACUUGUGCCAACCUCAGUGCUCCCCUGCUCUGCACAAAGCCCUGUGUGGCAGGAUGCUUCUGCCGGGAAGGGUAUGUUCUGGAUGAGGAACGCUGCGUGCCUGUGAGUCAGUGCGGCUGCACGCUGGAGGGGCGGUAUCACCAGCUGGGAGAGGAGGUGAUCUUGACAGACACCUGCAGCAGGAAAUGCAGCUGCCGCCAGCCAGCCCAGCCCAUGCAGUGCCAGGAUCAUGCCUGCGGGGCUCUGGAGACGUGCAGAGUUGUGGAUGGCGUCCGAGGCUGCUACCCUGUGACGUUUGGCACCUGCAGGGUGUUUGGCCACAUCCACUACACCACGUUCGACGGAGUCAUGUUUGAUUACCAAGGAGCCUGCAAAUACACCCUGAGCAAGUUCUGUGGGCCCCCCGGGAGCCUCCCGGACUUCACCGUCAGAGCAGAGAAUGAGCACAGGGGAUCCAUCGCGGUGUCCCGGACGCGCCUGGUGGAGCUGGAUGUCUACGGGGAGCGUGUCACUAUAGCCACGGGACAGUAUGGCCAGGUGCAGGUGAAUGGAUCCCUGGUCAAUCUGCCUCUGGUCCUCGCAUCAGGUAAACUCUAUGCCUAUUUCAGUGGCUCGGCCGCUGUGCUCCAGACAGAUUUUGGCCUCUCCGUAUCCUAUGACUGGUCCCACUCCGUGUCGGUUUCUGUUUCUGAGAUCUACUUUGGGUCACUGUGUGGACUUGGUGGGGAUUUCAACAGAAACCGAAGUGAUGAUUUCCAGACCCCACACGGCUCUCUGGUUGCUGAUGCUGUCACCUUUGGCAACAGCUGGCGGGAUGCCGAUUCCCCUUUUCACUGCACGGCCGUCGGGCUCCCAACCUCGUGUGACCAGGUCGAACUCGCCCAGUACAGAUCGCAGAGCUACUGCGGGAUCAUCACAGACCCUGCUGGGCCUUUUCAAGGGUGUGACACGCCGGCUGAUGCUCAGGCCCACUUGGAGAGCUGCGUGCGGGAUGUGUGUGCCACUCGGGGCAGCCGCCAGACCCUGUGCCAAGUGCUCCGCAGUUAUGCCCAGCAGUGCCAAAGUGGUAGCAUUGCCGUUAAGCCUUGGAGACAGCGGGCUGCGUGUGAGUUAAUCUGCCCCCCCAACAGCCACUAUGAGCUCUGUGGACCUUCCUGCCCGGCCUCUUGUGCCCACCCAGCUGUGCCCUCCCGCUGCCGGACUGCAUGCCAAGAAGGGUGCCAGUGUGACCCUGGCUUUGUGCUGAGUGGCACUGACUGCGUGCCUCGGGAGCAGUGCGGCUGCACCCACAAUGGCAGAUAUCACCUGGCGGGGGAAAGCUUCUGGGAAGGAGAAAAUUGCCAGAGAUUGUGCAGGUGCAAUGGCUCCUCCCACGCUGUCCAGUGCUCCAGCGCUGCCUGUGCUCCCGGGGAAUCCUGUGGCACUCGCCGGGGGGUUUAUGGAUGCCACGAGAGAACCAACGGCAUCUGCUGGGCGUCUGGGCUGCCCCACUACACUACGUUUGACGGCAAGCGCUACGACUUCCAGGGCACCUGCAGAUAUGUCUUUGCUGAACUGUGUGCGGCAUCAAAGUCCUUGCCCUUCUUCAGAGUGGAAGUGAAGAAUGAAAACCUGCCCCAUGUCCCUGUGGCUGUGACGUCGGAGGUGUUUGUCCUUGUGAGCAGAGUUGAGAUCCACCUGCAGAGGGGUCAGCACGGGACAGUCCAGGUUAACGGGGUGACUCUGAGUCUCCCAGUGCAUCUCCAGAGAAGCGGAAUCCUCGUUUAUCAGGCUGGGUUUCAUACGGUUGUGCAAGCCGACUCUGGGCUGAACGUGAGCUACGAUCUGGCCCACAGCCUCUUUGUCAGCCUGCCCCCAGAGUACCGAGGCCAGACCUGCGGCCUGUGUGGGAACUUCAAUGGGGCCGCUCAGGACGACUUUGUGACCCAUAACGGCUCCCUAGGGAAGGACGCCUUCCACUUUGCUGCGGACUGGAAGUCGGAGGCUGUCCCUGGCUGUGACGAUGGCUGCCGCGAUUCCUGCCCUGUGUGUGAAGAUGAGGAGAGUCUGGUGCAGUCCAAGUCCCAGUGCUGGGUGAUCCAGGAUCCUGACGGGCCGUUCUCCUCCUGCCACUCCCAGGUUGAGCCAGGCCCCUAUCUGUCUGAUUGCAUCUUUGACCUGUGUGUGUCAGGAGGGGCUGGCAGUGCCCUGUGCGAGUCCAUUCAGACAUACGCAGCCGCCUGCCAGAGAGCCAACAUCACCAUCUCCCCAUGGAGGAGCGAGGCUUUUUGUGAACCUGGGUGCCCAGAGAGCAGCCACUACGAGUUGUGUGAGCAUCCCUGCAGGAACUUGUGUGCCGGCUCCUGGCCUCAGCAUCUGUGCAGCUCCCUGUGCUCAGAAGGGUGUUUUUGCACUGACGGGUACUGGUGGAGCGGGGAACAGUGUGUCCCACCAGAGAACUGUGGCUGUGAGCAUGAAGGACACUACUACAGGGUUGGGGAUUUUCUCUGGCUCGCUGAUUGCACCCAAAGGUGCAGCUGUGACUCCUCUUCCGCUUUCCGGUGUGUCCCAGCCAGCUGCAGCCCCGGCCAGCGAUGUGCUGUGAAGGAUGGGAAGCUGGGCUGUCAGAGCCAGCUGACAACCUGCACGGUGACAGGGGACCCUCACUACUUCACUUUCGAUGGGGCUGUGGCACAUUUCCAGGGCACAUGCGCCUACGAGAUCUCCCACACCUGCAACUCCUCCCUCGACUUCUCCUUCCGCGUGGUGGCUGAGAACAGGCACCGCAGCAAUCGCCAGGUCUCCUUCGUGUCCCGGGUGGAUGUCUGGCUGAGAAGAAGGGAUCUCAAUGUUCACAUUGUCCUAGGGGACAGCAAGGCCGCCGAGGUGAGCCUGGAGCCUGGAUCACUGGGAUGGGUUCCCUAG